CCUGUCCAUCCCUUCCCAGUCCUUCCAGAGGACCAGGCGGGCUUGAGCCGGAGGCAGGCGGGUGGGCGGCCCAGCCCCUCGCCCCAACACCCUGCAACAGAGCUCGGUAAGAAGUAACUGAUGCCGCAGAGCGGCUAGAAGAGGCGCAAGAUGACGACGACGGUGGCCACAGAUUACGACAACAUUGAGAUCCAGCAGCAGUACAGCGACGUCAACAACCGCUGGGACGUGGACGACUGGGACAAUGAGAACAGCUCCGCCCGGCUAUUUGAGCGAUCCCGAAUCAAGGCGCUAGCAGAUGAGCGGGAGGCAGUGCAGAAGAAGACGUUCACCAAAUGGGUCAACUCACACCUGGCCCGGGUGUCAUGCCGAAUCACUGACUUGUACGCCGACCUGCGCGAUGGACGGAUGCUCAUCAAACUGCUCGAGGUUCUGUCCGGAGAGAGACUCCCCAAACCGACCAAAGGAAGAAUGCGUAUCCACUGCCUGGAGAACGUGGACAAAGCCCUCCAGUUCCUGAAGGAGCAGCGAGUGCACUUGGAAAACAUGGGCUCGCACGAUAUCGUCGAUGGAAACCACCGGCUGACGCUGGGCCUCAUCUGGACCAUCAUCCUGCGUUUCCAGAUCCAAGAUAUCAGCGUGGAAACAGAAGAUAAUAAGGAGAAGAAAUCGGCCAAGGACGCACUGCUGCUGUGGUGCCAGAUGAAGACGGCAGGUUACCCCAAUGUUAACAUCCACAACUUCACCACGAGCUGGAGAGACGGGAUGGCUUUCAACGCACUAAUACACAAACACCGGCCUGACCUGAUUGAUUUUGAUAAGCUGAAGAAGUCAAAUGCACACUACAAUCUGCAGAAUGCUUUUAAUUUGGCUGAACAGCACCUUGGACUUACAAAGCUUUUGGACCCAGAAGAUAUCAGUGUUGACCAUCCUGACGAGAAGUCCAUCAUCACCUAUGUGGUGACAUAUUACCACUACUUUUCCAAGAUGAAGGCUCUGGCUGUUGAAGGAAAGCGAAUUGGAAAGGUUCUGGACAAUGCUAUUGAAACGGAGAAGAUGAUCGAAAAAUACGAAUCACUCGCCUCCGACCUCCUGGAGUGGAUCGAACAGACCAUCAUUAUCUUGAACAAUCGCAAAUUUGCCAACUCACUGGUGGGAGUCCAGCAGCAGCUCCAGGCGUUCAACACAUACCGCACGGUGGAGAAACCGCCUAAAUUUACAGAAAAAGGGAACCUGGAAGUGCUGCUUUUCACUAUCCAGAGCAAAAUGAGGGCCAACAAUCAGAAAGUGUACAUGCCCCGGGAGGGGAAACUCAUCUCCGACAUCAACAAGGCCUGGGAACGACUGGAAAAAGCCGAGCACGAACGAGAACUGGCACUGCGCAACGAGCUCAUCCGACAGGAGAAACUGGAACAACUGGCCCGCCGAUUUGAUCGUAAGGCAGCUAUGAGGGAGACGUGGCUGAGUGAAAACCAGCGUCUCGUGUCUCAGGACAACUUCGGAUUCGACCUCCCCGCCGUGGAGGCCGCCACGAAAAAGCACGAGGCCAUCGAGACGGACAUCGCCGCCUACGAGGAGCGAGUCCAGGCCGUGGUGGCCGUGGCCAAGGAGCUGGAGGCGGAGAAUUACCACGACAUCAAGAGAAUCACGGCAAGGAAGGACAACGUGAUCCGUCUGUGGGAAUACCUGCUGGAGCUGCUCCGAGCCCGUAGGCAGCGCCUGGAGAUGAAUCUGGGCCUGCAGAAGAUAUUCCAGGAAAUGCUCUACAUUAUGGACUGGAUGGAUGAGAUGAAGGUGCUUCUGCUGUCGCAAGACUAUGGCAAACAUUUGCUGGGGGUAGAAGACCUGUUGCAGAAGCACGCGCUGGUGGAGGCGGACAUUGGUAUCCAGGCAGAAAGGGUGAGGGGUGUCAACGCCUCAGCUCAGAAGUUUGCCACAGAUGGGGAAGGUUACAAGCCCUGCGACCCCCAGGUGAUCCGCGACCGCGUGGCGCACAUGGACUUCUGCUAUCAGGAGCUGUGCCAGCUGGCGGCCGAACGCCGGGCCCGCCUGGAGGAGUCCCGCCGCCUCUGGAAGUUCUUCUGGGAGAUGGCGGAAGAGGAGGGCUGGAUCAGGGAGAAGGAGCAGAUCCUGUCCUCGGACGACUAUGGCAAAGACCUGACCAGCGUCGUGCGCCUGCUCAGCAAGCACAAGGCCUUCGAGGACGAGAUGAGCGGACGCAGCGGCCACUUCGAGCAGGCCAUCAAGGAAGGGGAAGACAUGAUUGCCGAGGAGCACUUCGGGGCGGAGAAGAUCCGGGAGCGGAUCGGCUACAUCCGGGAGCAGUGGGCCAACCUGGAGCAGCUGUCGGCCGUCCGGAAGAAGCGCCUGGAGGAGGCCUCCCUGCUCCACCAGUUCCAGGCGGACGCGGACGACAUCGACGCCUGGAUGCUGGACAUCCUCAAGAUCGUGUCCAGCAGCGACGUGGGCCACGACGAGUACUCGACCCAGUCCCUGGUCAAGAAGCACAAGGACGUGGCCGAGGAGAUUGCCAACUACCGGCCGGCCAUCGACUCGCUGCACGAGCAGGCCGGGGCCCUGCCCCGGGAGCACGCUGAGUCGCCCGACGUGCGCGGCCGGCUGUCCGGCAUCGAGGAGCGCUACAAGGAGGUGGCGGAGCUGACCCGGCUCCGGAAGCAGGCCCUGCAGGACACGCUGGCCCUCUACAAGAUGUUCAGCGAGGCCGACGCCUGCGAGCUCUGGAUUGACGAGAAGGAGCAGUGGCUCAACAGCAUGCAGAUCCCGGAGAAGCUGGAGGACCUCGAGGUGAUCCAGCACAGGUUCGAGAGCUUAGAGCCAGAAAUGAACAACCAGGCGUCCCGUGUGGCCGUGGUGAACCAGAUCGCCCGACAGUUGAUGCACAGCGGCCAUCCGAGCGAGAAGGAGAUCAAGGCCCAGCAGGAUAAGCUCAACACAAGGUGGAGCCAGUUCCGAGAACUGGUGGACCGGAAGAAAGACGCCCUCCUCUCGGCCCUGAGCAUCCAGAACUACCACCUCGAGUGCAACGAAACCAAGUCCUGGAUUCGGGAAAAGACCAAAGUCAUCGAAUCCACCCAGGACCUGGGCAAUGACCUGGCGGGCGUCAUGGCCCUGCAGAGGAAGCUGACCGGCAUGGAGCGGGAUCUGGUGGCCAUUGAGGCCAAGCUGACGGACCUGCAGAAGGAAGCGGAGAAGCUGGAGUCGGAGCACCCAGACCAGGCUCAGGCCAUCCUGUCCCGGCUGGCGGAGAUCAAUGACGUAUGGGAGGAGAUGAAGACUACCUUGAAGAACCGUGAAGCGUCGCUGGGGGAGGCGAGCAAGCUCCAGCAGUUCCUGCGCGACCUGGAUGACUUCCAGUCCUGGCUGUCCCGGACUCAGACGGCCAUCGCCUCCGAAGACAUGCCCAACACCAUGGCCGAGGCCGAGAAGCUGCUCACCCAGCACGAGAAUAUCAAGAAUGAAAUCAACAACUACGAGGAAGACUACCAGAAGAUGAGGGACAUGGGCGAGAUGGUCACCCAGGGCCAGACGGAUGCCCAGUAUAUGUUCCUGAGGCAGCGCCUGCAGGCUCUGGACACAGGCUGGAACGAGCUCCACAAGAUGUGGGAGAAUAGGCAAAAUCUCCUCUCCCAGUCUCACGCCUACCAGCUGUUCCUCAGGGACACCAAGCAAGCGGAAGCAUUUCUCAAUAACCAGGAAUAUGUCUUGGCCCAUACUGAGAUGCCCACCACCUUGGAGGCAGCAGAAGCUGCUAUUAAGAAGCAAGAGGACUUCAUGACCACGAUGGAUGCCAACGAGGAAAAGAUCAACGCGGUGGUGGAAACCGGCCGAAGACUGGUGAGCGAUGGCAACAUUAACUCCGACCGGAUCCAAGAGAAAGUGGACUCCAUCGACGACAGACACCGGAAGAACCGGGAGGCAGCCAGCGAGCUUCUGAUGCGAUUAAAAGAUAACCGGGAUCUUCAGAAAUUUCUGCAGGAUUGCCAGGAGCUGUCUCUCUGGAUCAACGAGAAGAUGCUUACGGCCCAGGACAUGUCCUACGACGAAGCCAGAAACCUGCACAGUAAAUGGUUGAAGCACCAAGCUUUCAUGGCGGAGCUGGCUUCCAACAAAGAAUGGCUCGACAAAAUCGAACAGGAAGGAAUGCAGCUGAUUGCCGAGAAGCCCGAGACAGAAGCAGUGGUGAAGGAGAAGCUGACGGGCUUACAUAAGAUGUGGGAAGUUCUGGAAUCCACCACCCAGACGAAGGCACAGCGGCUGUUCGAUGCGAAUAAAGCCGAACUCUUCACGCAGAGCUGUGCCGAUCUGGACAAGUGGCUGAAUGGCCUGGAGAGCCAGAUUCAGUCUGACGACUAUGGCAAAGACCUCACCAGUGUGAACAUCUUGCUGAAAAAGCAGCAGAUGCUGGAGAAUCAGAUGGAUGUGCGGAAGAAGGAGAUUGAGGAACUGCAGAGCCAAGCCCAGGCCUUGAGCCAAGAAGGAAAAAGCACCGACGAAGUGGACAGCAAACGCCUCACCGUGCAGACCAAAUUCAUGGAGCUCCUGGAGCCUCUGACCGAGCGGAAGAGCAACCUGUUGGCUUCCAAAGAGAUCCAUCAGUUCAACCGGGAUGUGGAGGACGAGAUUCUGUGGGUCGGUGAAAGGAUGCCCAUAGCCACCUCCACGGACCACGGCCACAACCUCCAGACGGUGCAGCUGUUGAUUAAGAAGAACCAGACCCUCCAGAAAGAAAUCCAGGGCCACCAACCCCGCAUCGACGACAUCUACGAGAGGAGUCAGAACAUCCUCACCGACAGCAGCCUGAGCGCCGAGGCCAUCCGGCAGAGGCUGGCAGACCUGAAGCAGCUGUGGAACCUGGUCAUUGAGGAGACGGAAAAACGCCACCGGCGCCUGGAGGAAUCCCACAAAGCCCAGCAGUACUACUUCGACGCGGCCGAGGCCGAGGCCUGGAUGAGCGAGCAGGAGCUCUACAUGAUGUCGGAAGAGAAAGCCAAGGAUGAGCAGAGUGCCGUGUCCAUGCUGAAGAAGCACCAGAUUCUGGAACAAGCCGUGGAGGACUACGCCGAGACCGUGCACCAACUGUCCAAGACAAGCAGGGCUCUGGUGGCCGACAAUCACCCAGAGAGUGAGAGAAUCAGCAUGCGGCAGUCCAAAGUGGAUAAACUGUACGCGGGCCUGAAGGAUUUGGCCGAGGAGAGGAGAGGCAAACUGGAUGAGAGACACAGGCUAUUCCAGCUGAACCGGGAGGUGGACGAUCUGGAGCAGUGGAUCGCUGAGAGGGAGGUGGUGGCCGGCUCCCAUGAACUGGGGCAGGACUACGAGCACGUCACAAUGCUCCAAGAGCGAUUCCGUGAAUUUGCCCGCGACACCGGAAACAUCGGGCAGGAGCGAGUGGACACGGUCAAUCACAUGGCCGACGAGCUCAUCAACUCCGGCCAUUCCGACGCCGCCACCAUCGCUGAGUGGAAGGACGGCCUGAACGAGGCCUGGGCCGACCUCCUGGAGCUGAUCGACACGAGAACGCAGAUCCUGGCCGCCUCGUACGAACUGCACAAAUUUUACCACGACGCCAAGGAGAUCUUCGGGCGCAUCCAGGACAAACACAAGAAGCUGCCCGAGGAGCUUGGGAGGGAUCAGAACACGGUGGAAACGCUCCAGAGGAUGCACACAACGUUUGAGCAUGAUAUCCAGGCUCUGGGCACCCAGGUGCGGCAGCUGCAGGAAGACGCCGCCCGGCUCCAGGCCGCCUAUGCUGGAGACAAGGCGGAUGACAUCCAGAAGCGGGAGAAUGAGGUCCUGGAAGCCUGGAAAGCCCUCCUGGAUGCCUGCGAGGGCCGCAGGGCCCGGCUGGUGGACACGGGAGACAAAUUCCGCUUCUUCAGCUUGGUGCGCGACCUCAUGCUCUGGAUGGAGGAUGUCAUCCGGCAGAUCGAAGCCCAGGAGAAGCCGCGGGAUGUGUCAUCUGUGGAAUUGCUCAUGAACAACCACCAAGGUAUCAAAGCGGAAAUUGACGCCCGGAAUGACAGCUUCACUACCUGCAUCGAGCUGGGAAAAUCACUGUUGGCAAGGAAACACUAUGCGUCAGAGGAGAUCAAGGAGAAGCUGUUGCAGUUGACGGAAAAGAGAAAAGAGAUGAUCGACAAGUGGGAAGACCGAUGGGAGUGGUUAAGGCUGAUCCUGGAGGUGCACCAAUUUUCGAGGGACGCCAGCGUGGCCGAGGCCUGGCUUCUGGGCCAGGAGCCCUACCUGUCCAGCCGCGAGAUCGGCCAGAGUGUGGAUGAGGUGGAGAAGCUCAUCAAGCGGCACGAGGCCUUCGAGAAAUCGGCUGCCACGUGGGACGAGCGGUUCUCGGCACUGGAGAGGCUGACGACGUUGGAAUUACUGGAAGUGCGCAGACAGCAAGAGGAAGAGGAGAGGAAGAGGCAGCCUCCUUCUCCGGAGCCGAGUACAAAGGUGUCAGAGGAAGCCGAAUCCCAGCAGCAGUGGGAUGCUUCGAAAGGAGACCAAGUUUCCCAAAACGGUUUGCCUGCCGAGCAGGGAUCUCCACGGCUGGCGGAAACUGCCGAAACGAGUGAGAUGGUCAACGGAGCCACCGAGCAGAGGACGAGUUCCAAAGAGUCCAGUCCGGUUCCUUCCCCGACUUCGGAUCGCAAAGCCAAGACCGUCCUCCAGGCCCAGACGGCCGCCACCUUGCCCGCCAAGACCCAGGAGGCCCCGGCGGCCCAGAUGGAGGGCUUCUUGAAUCGCAAGCAUGAGUGGGAGGCGCACAAUAAGAAAGCCUCCAGCAGGUCUUGGCACAACGUGUACUGUGUAAUCAACAACCAAGAGAUGGGCUUCUACAAGGACGCAAAGGCCGCUUCUUCUGGGAUACCGUACCACAACGAGAUUCCAGUUAGUUUGAAAGAAGCAGUGUGUGACAUAGCCAUCGACUACAAAAAGAAAAAGCACGUAUUCAAGCUAAGACUAAACGACGGCAACGAAUACCUUUUCCAAGCCAAAGACGAUGAGGAAAUGACCGCGUGGAUCCAGGCCAUCACGACCGCCAUCUCCUCAGACAAGAUGGACGUGUCCGCCAGCACCCAGAGCACUCCAGCCUCUAGCCGGGCCCAAACGCUGCCCGCCAGCGUCACAAUAACCAGCGAGUCCAGUCCCGGCAAGCGGGAGAAGGACAAGGAAAAGGACAAAGAGAAAAGGUUCAGCCUCUUUGGCAAAAAGAAGUGAACUCCACAUCCACUCCCUGCACUACUCUUUCCUUUCCAGUGAAUUCCAGCAUGCAAGUCCAGAUCCGACGCGUUACUCUCUGUGCCUAAUGUUCCUCAAUGUGUUGACAUUUUUUUUUUAUUUAUAGAGCAUUUCCAGAAAGGAAAAAAAAAAACCAACCAGCCCUCACAAAAAUUUAUCUCUGAGUUCCAAAAGUAUGAGGUACAUUGGGCAGCUUCUUUGAGAGGGAGGACCCGAUUUAUUUUUCUUUUCCUUUCUUUUUGAAUAACGGAAGUUAAUGUAGAUUAGAUCUGACUAUUUAAAUUGUUCCUCAAUUUUGUGAGGCUGUCUUGGAAAUUAACGCGCGUCCCGUGCUAUUGGUAUGCAAGGCAGCGGUGCUUCAAACAAAUUUCCUGGGCAAAACGUCCAAAUUCUCAGCCGCGCUCAACCUCCGUUCCGGAGGGUGGUUGUGCAGAAUCCGAACGACUAGAGAUCCCCAUGGCAACUGUAACCUUGGUAAGAGGAGAGCGUAUUAUCCAUGCCGUAAUCCGAGCGCCGGGAUGCAUGUUACCUUACAGAUGGUUGCAUCCCGGCACCGGUCAUUAAUCCAGACGGAAAACUUUUCUGCAUCAAACGUGACAGUUAAAAAAGUCGGUCUUUGAGAAGAAACAGCAAACCGAUACCGUUUUAAAUAAAUCUGUAAUUUCAAUUUUUUUGCCGAGAUACCUUCUAUUGUAUGUUUGAGAUAAUUCUAGUACAAAGUAUAAUAAAACUAGAUGUAUAAUAAGCCCCUAAAAUCAUCGAUAAGUGUAAAAGUGGAACUGAAGCAUUUACUGGAAAAAAGUAAUGUUACUCAAAUGGUUACUUGCUUGUCAGCUACAGCACUGUGUUAUAAUUUUGCUACAUUACCUUGCUAUUUGAUACAUAGUGUGCAUUUCUGUCACUGUAACUAUUGUAAUGAAAAAUUUUCAUCUUACUGCACAAUCAAAAUUACAUCUAAUAGGAAUGAACUUGGAAGGACUGGGCCUGUAGUCAGAACAGUACUGGAACUGGCUUUCAGUUGUAUGGAACUGUACCUCUAGACUUUUACCCUAUCUGUUAAAUAUAUGCUAUGUCAUUAAAUGCUUUUAAAACUAAAGUCAUGGGCAGUCUUCUUUCCAUCACUGCCAGUGUCAGGGAGCCGUUUCAAAGGACGGAAAGGUGAAGCGAAGACACUUAGGGCCCGGUCGGUUCUGUGGGAGUUUUCGGUGUUGAAAUCGGUCAUCCCGAAAGACAGGAGAAAAUGAAAUGUCAGCUUUGAAAGGAAAUGAACUCACUUCCUUCGUGAGCGAGUCGAGGACAGAGUUAGCAUGGGGGAGCCCUCGGACUUGGGGGGAUCCAGCCCUCUGAGCUGUUGGAGCUCCCUGGAAUUCCUUCAGCCCAAUUUCUUGGGUCACCUUGUCGAUUUGUAGGGGGUGGCUAAAGCCAAGGUGGUCUCUUCAUAGCACGAACUGGUUUCCUGAGCCACCUGUUCCUCAGAAGUAGGCAUGGAUCCACAGGCCCCAGGGGUCUCCGAGCCAGAGGCCCACACCCUAAGGGUCGUUUUGCCUCACUUCCACCAAGGCAUCGACCUCUCUGCCUUAAAGGCCAGGCUGACAACCUCUUCCCUGCCCGAGACAAUUAGCACUACCCUCUCCUAAUAGCAAUGAAGUGCUUACAGCGUGCCAAAGCACCAUGCUAAGUGCUGGGAUAGGUGCAAGAUGAUCCCAGCCAAUAAAAGAAAUGGCGUUUUCAGAUCUCAGUAAAUGAGGGCGAAACUACACCCUGGGAAGGCUCUGCCAUUUUGGGAAGGAUAUCAACAGGGUUCACGGGAGCAGGACUGGGCCCAGAAUGGAGAAAACCACAAAAAUCUCACCAUUUCCACCUCCUUUCCAAAGCAUCCUUUAAGAACAGGUAAAGAGCUGCAAAGCAGGUGGAUGGAUGGAUGGAUGUCCUCUGAUGGCAUCAUGGUAGUGACCAGUGAAGUGGCUAGAGGAGAGUCAGUGAGAAUGGGCCAAAGGAUUUGCCUGGAAAACCCUCACUGAUGCAUAUCCAGUGUGACGUCUCCAAAAAUGAUUGACAAGUGCCACCUGUCUUAAUUCCUUUCACAGAUAGUGUAUCAUGCUUCUGUUAUAAAGUCCUGCAUCGCAGAACCCAAUAUGUUUAGGUUUAUGCACAUGCAUUUUUCUUGGUGUGACGUUGCACUGUUUCAGCCUGAUUUAGUGACACAAGAAUAGGAGCACCACCAGCAAUCCUGUAUGUGUAAAUCUGAAUACCAAAAGAAGCAAAGAUUUACUGUGUCAGGCUAGAAUCUGAAAUGCCUUCUUGGUUGAUUAAAGUAUACCAGAAUGUUGA